UGACAACUUAAACAGCUGAUCUGCGCAUUCUGCGACUGCGCUGUUUAUGUGUUAUUUAUUUUUGUUGAUAUUAUAUUGAUACUGAGAUGUUUCUGAAUUAUCUACUGUAAUUUUUAUCACUUGUGAUCAGAACGUUCACAGUUGCUUUCUUAAUGACUUUUUAUCUAAUAUGUCAAAUCACGAAGUUAUACAAGAAUAUUCCAAUUCCAUAAAACAUCUCAAAAAAGAAUGCAUCGACGCAGGCAUGACUGAAGAAGAAUUUAGAAGAAUGUAUUUAAGUUCUCUUGAAACAUUAGAUGAUGAGGAACGCCCCAAUAAUGUUCCACGCAGAUUUAUUACCAAAUUUAGAGUUUUUCUAGUUAUGCUUCUUAUUAUACUCUACAUAGUUUAUGAUUACAAAAGUAUCUACAGUAGUAUUGUAUGUAACUUACAAGAGUUUAUUUAUCCCGGUUUAAAACUACUAAGAAAAAUUACAAUUCCAUUUAUAUCACUGUUCCCUUCCCUAACAGAAUACUAUCACGAAACAUGCCUGAUUCAAAAUCCUUACUUUUCUGUGGUUGACAUGGACUGCUGGCCAUGCAGCACAGUGACUAACAUCAGAGAGGUCAAUGAUCCAAAACCUGUCACUCAGCAACAAACUGCUCCAUUUAUUUAUGAGACUACACAGCAGAUUAUAAAUUUGGAAGCAUUAAAACAAAUGUAUUUAAAAAACAGAGAAACUUUUGAUAAAGAGUCGCCUAAGAUUUUAACAAAUAAUAAAUAUUAUUCAAGUCCAAGCUAUUUAUUUAUUGACAGACCACUAGAAGACCAGAGCUUCUAUAUCUGGAAAUUCAAUAACAUGAAUAUAGCAAAAGUGUUAAGGCAAGUUAUACCAAGACCAGAAGUAGUUCCAAAGUUUGGACAAAGCACUGAAAGAUUUAUUAUUGUUGACACAAGUCAGAGAUCUUUCAGUAUACCUGACACAGAAUGCAGUUUCUCAUUUCUACUAGCUUUAAGUGGUUCUAGAGAAAUCCAUUUGUUACCAGCUGAAGAAUGUAAACAUCAGUGCAAGACACUAAAAGUAAAAUUAAAGGAAACUUAUUUAUUGUGGUAUAACUGGUGGUACUGGAGGCCUGCAGUUCAGAGCUCAAUGGGGAAUAAUACAUUUAUUGCUCAUGUUGGCUCAUAUUGCUGACUAGAGCUUAGAAACUUCUGUACAAGAAAUUCCCUAAAGUAGAAGUUGUGUUACAUCUAUAUUUAUUAUCUAUUUAUUGCCUAUGGGGCUAUGGGAUCAUACCAAAAAAAUCAAAAUACAAAACUGGAAUGUGCAAAACACCAAUUUAUUAAAUUAUAAAAUAAAUAAAAUUAACUAAAAAUCAACUAAAUGCUUUCAUUCAAACUUUUCUUUCAACUUGUCUUUGAGGAAUACUGGUACUAGAGAGAUGAGUGCAAAUACACUUAGUACUGUCACUGAGGUCCAUGACCAUGCAUCACUUGUUGAUGUCAAUGUGUGUAGAGUUUGACCAGCUUUGAUAGCCACAAAUGAUGGAGGAGCUACUCCUAUGAAUGUUCCCAAAGCAAAUGGUAUCAAAGGCACACCUAUCACAGGUGCAGACAUAUUAAUAAACCAAUUAGGUAAAAAGGGUGUCACCCUCAAAAAUAUCAUGUAGUUGAGCAGAUUAUUUUUGUGCUUGGUCACUGCUAUGGCCCAUUGUUCAGCUUUUUCUGGGAAAAAUUUCUUCACUAACUUCUUACCAAGAAGAUUAGACAAGAAGAAACAUAAACUUGCACCUAUUGCAGAACAGCAGCAUACUAAAAGUAAUGCUAGAUAGAAAGGGAACAAAAAACCUGAAAGAAUACUUAAAAAAAUUGAUCCAGGUAUUGCAAAUGUUUGCAAAAAUAUGUAAACUAAGAACACUCCAAAUAAUACUUCGUAAAAAUACUUUUCCUUAUAUCGGUCUAGUACUAAACCUAAGUGUUUAGCAUCUUCAAGGUCCCAUGGUAAAUGCAAGUGUUGUUUUUCGUACUUACUCUUCUAGAUCUGGAAACUGUUUGUAUAGCAGCCCCAAAGCUAACAGGGAUGAUACAAAUAUUAUUCCAACUAAUAUCAAAGCCUUGGAUGUGGACAAGUCAUCAGCACUGGUUUUCAAACUAGUUGUUGAAUCUUGAGAGUUUCUUGCGCGUGAAUUUCGUCUUCGAGCAUUAUUUGCGUUCAUGUUUGCUUACUUUAAAUAAAAUAAGGUUUAUACAUUCAGUAUUAUUGAUAUAAUAGAAGUAUUCGUAGAUACUACCUCCACUGACUAACCCUAUAUAUAUUUAAUACAAUAAUCACACUUUAAACAAAACUUGUGUAUUUAAAUCUAAAAUUUUACAAGUUCACCCUGUGACAAGUCAAAGAUGAUUCGGAAUUUGAAUCUAAUGACAUGAAGAGAUGUUGAAAUGCCUGCAUGCUAGGGGAAUUUCAUUAGGUGAAGUUUUAUUUCUUUCUAAUCGUGACUUUUAGACAGAGUUGUGAAUACAAUUUAUGCUAUUAAACCUAGCCCAUUAGUAGUUAUCAAUUUUAUUGAACGCAAAAGUCAGACUCGGAGCAAUGAAUGAACAAGUGACAUGACAGUGACAUGAG